AUGGUAGUACCUAGAAAACAAUAUCAGCACUCACAAGAACUAAAUGCUUAUAUUGUUGGUGGCGACAUUCUCUUCUUAUUUCUGAUUUUUACAUUAUACAAUCAAGCUAAAUCAAAUAAUGAUGAAAAUCUAUGUGAAAAUCAAAAGGAUGGAAUAUUUGUACAAAAUCCAGAAAAAUGUGAACUUUUCUAUCAAUGUCGUAAUGGUGAACCAUUAUUGGCUUCAUGUCCAGAAGGAAUGUAUUUUGAUCCAAAAUCUGGUAUAUGUGAUAUGGCAAAUAAUGUUUUUUGUAAACAUGAUUUCAUUGAUCCAGAAAUUAAUGAUGAAAUCAUUGAAUGUCCCGAAGAUGAAAACAAAGAGAUAUUAACAUUUAUUGCAAGUACAAUUGAUUGUAAUCGUUAUUAUAUUUGUUAUCAUGGUAAUCCAAUUAAACAAGAAUGUAUUCCAGAAUUACAUUUUAAUAAUAAAACGAAACGUUGUGAUUUCAAAGAGAAUGCAAAAUGUACAAUAACAAAUAUUAGAUGUGGUCCAGAAUUUCAUAAGCAUACAUUACCACAUCCAAUUAAUUGUAGUUUAUAUUAUUAUUGUAUUUUGGGUUUACCAUUAAUACAACGUUGCCCAUUUUAUCAUCAUUUCGAUAUAUCGAGUAGAAGUUGUAAAUGGCAGAAUAAGAGCAAUUGUUUCUUCUUAGAACAGACAGUUUCUUCUCUUCCGGGACAGCCAGUACCACGAGAUUUGCAUGGCAGUUUCAUCACUGUCCCCGCAUAA